AUGGCCUCAACUCGCACAAUUCUAGUCUUCCAGCAUGAUGCCAAUCUCAAUAUUAUUGAAACCACGGUUACUGAUGUUUUCCCUUUCAAUGCCCUCGAGGAAUCCAAUCGUCUACUCUUCAAAGAUGCCACCACGGAACAUCAUGUCAUUGUCACCGAGGAAACUAUUUUUCACCCCCAAGGUGGCGGCCAACCCUCUGAUACAGGCGUCUUGAAGAGCCCAUCUAGCACUUUUACAGUCACAGCCGUUCGUAUGAAUCCUAGGGGACAGGUGCUUCACCUCGGUCUCUUUGAGGGCUCAUCCGCUUUAAAAAAAGGCGAGACCGUUGAGCAGGCAAUCGAUGUGGAAAAGCGUCUACUAUAUUCCCGUUUGCAUACUGCGGGCCACGUAUUGGGCUCAGCAGUCCGGCAUCUCUUGGAGAAAGAGAUUAGGAAUUUCGAUGAACUGAAAGCUUCGCAUUUCCCUGAUUCGGCCGCGUGUGAGUUCCAAGGCUCAAUUGAAGGAAAAUGGAAGGAAUCUAUUCAGAACAAGUUGGAUGGAUAUGUCGCUGCCAAGAUGCCUGUUCAAAUUGAAUGGUGGGAUGAGGAGGAUUUCCGCUCACGUGGACUGGAGCGAUUGAUUCCUGAUCGCAGUCUGGUGCCUGAAGGGGAAAAGUCCCGUGUUGUCAAUAUCGUCGGCGCCGAAGUGUACCCUUGCGGAGGCACGCAUGUCGACACGACAGAUUUGUGUGGACCUGUGACGGUGAAGAAGAUUUCAAGAAAACAAGGAAACUCGCGAGUAAGCUAUGUGGUAAAAUGA